AUGGAGAUAGCGCUAUCUGUCGCCGGACUUAUUCUCACAGGAGUUCAAGUGGGCUCAGCCCUGCACGACUUUAUUUCCAAUGCUAGCAAUGCGCCAAAUAUCGCCCAAGUUAUUGAGGAUGAGAUCCACGACUUCACACAGAUACUAUCCAGGGUCCAGACUAUAACGUUUGGACGGGAUCUUGACUAUUCAAAGGCAUCUCUCAUAGAUAUCAACCACUUGUCGUCAACUCUCACUGCAUCCGUCCGGACAUUCUCGGAAUUAGAGCGGGAGCUAGAUCGUGUAAAGGGUCGUGGGAAAAUGGACUUUAAUUAUUACUAUCCUGACCAGUGUAAGUUCCACUGA